GGGUAUAAAUCUGAGGACACUCACAGGAAGAGACACACAGACAGACAGGAUGGACGUGAAUCUGCUGUUUCUGACUGUUGUUCUUCUCUCCUCACCGCUCCUCACACUAUGUGACCCACUAUUUGUUCUGUCAGCUCCUAAUUUGCUGAGGGUGGGUUCCUCAGAGAACGUGUUUGUGGAGGCUCAGGAUUACUCUGGAGGAGACCUGAAUGUAAAGAUCUCGGUAAAGAAAUUCCUAAAGAAAAACAUGGAGAUACUGUCUAAAUCAGUGACACUGACUGCAGCCAACAGUUUUCAGAUUCUUACAGAUAUAAAGAUCCCUGAUGAUCAGAACUUAUUUUCUGAUGAUCCUCUGGAGAAGCAGUAUGUGUAUCUACAAGCUCAGUUUCCAUCCGUCACUCUGAAGAAAGUGGUCAUGCUCUCAUUCCAGUCUGGAUAUAUAUUUGUACAAACAGACAAGCCCAUCUACACACCUGCUAGCACAGUUUCUUACAGGAUUUUCUCUCUGACACCCACAAUGAUACCAUUCAGUGCUGUUAUCACAGUGGAAAUCAUGAACCCUCAAGGCAUCACAGUUUCAUCAGAGAAGAUAUCUCCAGUGAAAGGCAUGAAUUCAGGAAGAUACGCCAUCCCUGAGAUUGCCAGCUCUGGGAUCUGGAAAGUGGUCACACGGUUCUCAAACACUCCUCAGAAGACCUUUAUUGCAGACUUUGAGGUCAAAGAAUAUGUGCUUCCAGCAUUUGAAGUGAAAUUAAAGCCCAGUAAGUCAUUCUUCUAUGUGCGUGAUGAGAGUCUGAGAGUCGACAUUGAAGCCAAGUACCUGUUUGGACAGAAGGUGGAUGGAAAUGCAUUUGUGGUGUUUGGUGUGAUGGACGGAGAGAAGAAAACAAGUAUUCCUACAUCUCUGCAAAAAAUUCAGAUAAUAAAAGGAGAAGGUACUGCAGAACUGACCAAUCAGAUGAUCACUAUGUCCUUUCCUAACAUUAAUCAGCUGGUUGGACAAUCAAUCUAUGUUUCUGUCAGUGUUUUAACAGAAAGUGGAAGUGAAAUGGUGGAAGCAGAAAGGAGAGGCAUUCAGAUUGUGACGUCACCGUACACCAUCCACUUCAAAAAAACACCACAAUUCUUCAAACCUGGAAUGCCCUUCAGUGUCUUGGUAUAUGUAACAAAUCCUGACCAGACGCCUGCUGUAAAUGUGGAUGUGGAAGUGGUGGGCAGUCAGGUGGCGGUCAAAGGUCAGACAAGAGACAAUGGCAUUGCAAAGGUUAUAGUCAACACUCUGGGAGGAUCUUCUACACUGGAGAUCACUGCAAAGACCAAAGAUCCACAUUUAAGCAAUGAACAGCAGGCAGUGAAGAAAAUGACAGCUCAGGCCUACAAGCCCAAAAAUGGCUCCAACAACUACUUACACAUCUUCACUGAAGCUCCAGUGUUUCAGAUAGGUGAUUUAAUGACUGUCUAUCUAAACACUGGACAAAAUCCAGGAGUCAAAGACCAAGACUGCACAUACAUGAUCUUAAGUAAAGGUCAGAUUGUAAAAGUAGACAGGUUUAAGAUGAAAGGACAGUCUCUAGUGGCUCUGUAUCUACCUGUAACCAAAGACAUGGUGCCGUCCUUCCGCAUUGUGGCGUAUUACCACGUGGGCUCAUCUGAGGUGGUGUCUGAUUCAGUCUGGGUCGAUGUGAAGGACACGUGCAUGGGAAAGCUCCAGCUUAAGGUGAAGGACAAAAGGAAUUCCUAUGACACAGGAGAUGAGGUCAAGCUGCAGAUAACUGGAGAUCCUGGAGCUAAAGUUGGUCUGGUGAUUGUUGACAAGACUGUGCAUGUCCUUAACAAGAACAGACUCACUCAGACAAAGAUCUGGGACGUCAUAGAGAAGCAUGACACUGGCUGUACAGCAGGAGGUGGAAGGGACAGUAUGGGGGUUUUCACUGAUGCAGGUCUGAUGUUUGUGUCCAACACUGCAGGAGGGACCAACACGAGAACAUCACCAGAGUGUCCCUUCCUUUCAAGGAGAAGACGGCGAUCGCUGGAUGAUGGUGACGACUAUUAUACAGAUUCUGAAGAGAUUGUGUCACGUACAUGGCUCCCUGAGAGUUGGCUUUGGGAGGAGAUUGAGCUACCCAAUAGUAUUGGAAAUGACUAUCGAACAACAUCAGUCACAGAAAAAGUGAUCUUCCUGAAACAAUCUGUUACUUCCUGGCAGAUCUUGGCUGUCAGUCUGUCACCAACACUUGGCAUCUGUGUGGCAGAAUCUAAGGAAAUGGUCGUUUCUAAGAGCUUUUUUGUUGAUCUCAAGAUGCCUUACUCAGCAGUUCGUGGUGAACAACUGGAAAUCAAGGCCAUUAUUCACAACUACACCCCAAGGAAGCAGAAGGUGCGUGUGGAGUUCAUGGAGACAGAAGAUGUUUGCAGCUCUGCCAGUAAGAAAGGCAAAUACAGAAUGAUGGUGAACGUUGACAAAGACUCCAGCAUAUCCGUUCCAUAUGUGAUUAUUCCCAUGACUCUGGGAAAUCACAUGACUGAGGUGAAAGCUUCAGCAUAUGAUGCUGUUUACACUGAUGGAGUGAGAAAGACGCUGAAGGUGGUGUCUGAGGGUGUGCUGACUACAUUACAUAGAGAAAAUGUGGAGCUCAAUCCUGCUAAGAAUGGGGAAACAACUUUAGUUUUUAAAGCUGAAAUACCAGCUGAUCGGCUUCCAGAUACACCUGCUAACACGUACAUCUCAAUUACUGCUGGAGAGAUCGCUCAGACAGUCGAGCAUGUCAUCAGUGGAGACUCCUUAGGUCAUCUUAUUAUCCCACCCAGUGGUAAUGAAAUGGAGGACAUGUUCUAUAUGAUUCAACUUAUCGUUGUCAUUCAUUAUCUGGACAGCACCAAUCAGUGGGAGGCUGUUGGCAAGGAACGCCGUAAUGAAGCCAUCAACUAUAUCAGUGAAGGUUAUCAACGGCAACUGGCCUUCCGUAAUUCAGAUGGAUCCUACUUUGCUCCUCCGUUCCUAUUUUGGACAGACACGAGGAGCAGCGCAGUGUGGACAGUUAUGGCGGUCAAAGUCUUCACCAUGGCCUAUGACAUUGUUUCUAUAGAUGAUAAUGUGAUCUGCAGUGCCCUGAAGUGGCUGAUUCUCCACGCACAAAAACAAGACGGCUCCUUUAAUGAGGCUUACGCAGAGAUGGAAGAUGGAUUGACAGCCUUUUUCGUGAUCACAGUGCAAGAGGGCAGAGAGAUCUGUGCUGAAUCAGUUGGUAUUGCAUCUGAAGUAAGUAUCAGGAAGGCUGUUUCUUUCUUGGAAGGACGACUUCCAAAACUGACCGAUCCUCUCACUGUUGCAUUCAUGUCCUACGCCAUGGCCAGUGCCGACAAACUCAAUAAAGACAUCCUGAUGAAGCAUUCCACCCAUGGAGAAGAUGGUCGGUCCUGGACUGUCACUGGAGAGAGUUCUAGCUCCGUGCAAGUGACGGCGUUAGCUGUGCUGGCGCUUGUGAAGGCCAAAGACUUUGAUAAAGCAAAAGAGGCAGUGCACUGGCUGAAAAAACAACAGGAUCCCAAAGGAGGAUAUGGCGAGCCACGGGUGACCAUCUUUGUGCUUUGGGCCAUGAGAGAGUAUCACAUGCUGAUGAAGGACCAACAAAACUUCAGUUUGGAUGUGGAGUUCUCCAUCGCAGGAAGAAGCAAACCUGUCAAAUAUACUUUCAAAAAUGAUAAUAUGCAUCUUACACGGUCUGACAAGGUGGAGAUAAACAAGGAGUUCACUGUAACUGCUAGAGGAACUGGAACAGCCACUCUCUCAGUUCUGACGGUGUACUAUGCCAGACCUGCUGAGAAGAAGUCUGACUGUACAUUCUUUGAUCUGACUAUUAAAAUGGAAAAAGACUGUGAAACAAAACAAGGAGCCAUUGAAACGUACACCUUGGAUUUCUACUACAAAAGUGAUAAACCUGAUAAAACUGAUGCCACUAUGACUAUUCUGGACAUUGGCUUACCAACUGGAUUUAACAUUGACGAAAAUGAUCUUAAAAGGUUGUCCACAGGGAAGGAGAGAUACAUUCAGAAAUUUGAGAUGGACAAAGUGCUGUCAGAGCAACGAUCCCUCAUCCUCUACAUAGACAAGGUUUUGCGUAAAGAUCCACAAAUAAUUUCCUUCAAAAUGCACAAGAUGUUUAAUGUGGGUCUGCUACAACCUGCUGCGGUCACAAUAUAUGAGUAUUACUCACCGGAUGCACGCUGUACAAAGUUCUACCACCCUGAAAGGACAGAUGGUGCGUUAUACAAACUGUGUAAAGGAGAUUUGUGCCAGUGUGCAGAAGAAAACUGCAGUUUCCAGAAGAAGAAUGUGGUCAGUGAUGAUUUGCGUCUAAAUAAAGCCUGUGAAGCUGGCAUGGAUUAUGUUUACAAAGUCACAGUGGUGGGGAUGGAUUUGCAACAGACAGUUGACACAUACGACAUGAAGGUGGAACAGGUGCUGAGAGAAGGCACUGAUGAGGAAGUUAAGGGGAAAGUGAGACAAUUUUUGGCUCAUCCCAGAUGCAGAGAACAUUUGGGAUUGGUAAAAGGCAAGUCGUACCUUAUCAUGGGCAAAUCUGUUGACCUGCCAAACCUAGGCGGAAGUCCGCAGUAUAUUUUUGGAGAGCAGACCUGGGUUGAAUACUGGCCUACAAGAGAGGAAAGCCAAACUACAGAACACAGGGAUAGAUACAUCGGCAUCAGUAAUCUCACAGACAGCCUUCUCAAAUCCGGAUGUGCUACAUGAAUAUAGUAUAACAACUAUGGCUAUAUUAUGAACUGUAACUUUGUCUUUUGCAUACUCUAAGUAGAUUGUUCAUAAUAAUAAUAAUAAUAAUAAUAAUAAUAAUAAUAAUAAUAAUAAUGCUUUUUACCAAAAUAUGCUGGUGUAUAGUGUAUGAUGGUGUAUGAUGGUGCAUAUUUAGCAUAUUUUAUCCAUAACUGUGACAAAAGAUAAAAAUAGCAAUUAAAUUAAAAAUUAAACCAUGCAAAUAAAAAAAAAG